GUCCCCUUCACAAGAGAAAUGGAUUGGCUUAAUCAGUCGGUGAUUACGUGUAAAUUGUGCUAAUCUCCGUUGCCUAAUAACAAUAUUUCCAUUUUCAUACUCCACCCGCUGCAAGCACCAAAUCCCAUUAUAUUACUACUAAAAACGACUGCAUGUCUUCUUCUUUUUUAAACUCAGCGAUUGCCUUCUUUUUUUGCUCUCAUCACUCUUUCUUGCAGUUGUAGGAUAAUCAGAAUAAACAAAUAUGAGGAGUGCUGGAAGAAUGGGAAUCCAUUAUAUGCAGAAAUUGCACGCGUCAAAUGUUCCAAAAGAAUUGGUGGAAAAAGGACAGAAUCGUGUUAUAGAGGCAUCUCUUACACUUAUUCGUGAAAGAGCAAAACUUAAGGGAGAGCUUGUUCGUGCUCUUGGAGGUGCUGUAGCCUCAACGUCUCUUCUUGGAGUUCCUCUGGGACAUAACUCUUCAUUUCUCCAGGGGCCAGCAUUUGCUCCUCCUCGUAUACGAGAGGCUAUGUGGUGUGGCAGUACAAACUCUACAACUGAGGAAGGAAAAGAAUUAGAUGAUCCACGCAUCUUAACUGAUGUUGGUGAUGUGCCUGUGCAAGAGUUACGAGAUGCAGGUGUAGAUGAUGAUAGGUUAAUGAGUAUCAUAAGCGAAUCUGUCAAGCUAGUUAUGGAAGAGAAUCCAUUGCGCCCCUUGGUGUUAGGGGGUGAUCACUCUAUAUCCUAUCCUGUUGUAAGAGCUGUGUCUGAAAAGCUUGGAGGGCCUAUUGAUAUCCUUCACCUUGAUGCUCAUCCUGACAUUUAUCAUGCCUUUGAAGGAAACAAAUACUCACAUGCAUCAAGCUUUGCACGGAUAAUGGAGGGUGGUUAUGCUCGACGGCUUUUGCAAGUGGGAAUUAGAUCAAUUAAUAAAGAAGGUCGAGAACAAGGAAAAAGGUUCGGUGUGGAGCAAUAUGAAAUGCGAACAUUUUCCCAAGACCGACAAUUUUUGGAGAAUCUGAAACUUGGCGAAGGUGUGAAGGGCGUGUAUAUCUCAGUGGAUGUUGACUGUAUGGAUCCAGCAUUUGCUCCUGGAGUAUCUCAUAUAGAACCAGGAGGUCUCUCUUUCCGCGAUGUUCUAAACAUACUGCAUAACCUUCAAGCUGAUGUUGUUGGUGCUGAUGUGGUUGAGUUCAACCCGCAGCGUGAUACUGUUGAUGGCAUGACUGCAAUGGUUGCUGCGAAGCUGGUAAGAGAACUUACUGCCAAGAUAUCCAAGUGACCUGCAGUAAUUUCUAAAAUUAUGAAGGAAGAAUUACCAUGCAUCCAAUAGAGACCACUAGAUUUGUACUCAUCUUUACUGGGGAGGUUUAACAGAGAAUAAGCACCAAAAUGAAGUGUUUAUUCACCUUAUUGUAACUCUAAAACUAAAAGCUAUAUUUGCAGUUCAUUAUGAGGACCCUGUGAUUCUUAUAAUCUUUUAAGUGGUGCA